CGCAUUCGAAACAUUACGCUACCAUCUCCUAGUUUAGAUCAUCAGUUUGUCUUUAUGUGAUGUUUGUGUCACUCCUGAUUAUUCUCGGUUGAUUUCUGUACCAAACAUAAACUCACGAACUGCUAACAACCCCCCAUUACUUCAGAAUAAACACAAACUAACCAAAGCCUGACGUUACAGAAGUGUGAUGCGUAGAAAGAUAGAGAUCUCUAGAUCCCCUAGUGGCUAUGGCUUUCGUCUGAGGAACGAAUGUCCCUGCCUCAUAGAUCAUGUUUUAACUGGAUCUGCUGCAGAAAAAUCAGGGGUUCGGACUGGUGAUAUAUUGCUCAAAGUAAAUGGUGUGGAUGUGUUCAAUGUUUCACACGAAGAAGUUGCUUUGUUGAUUUGGCAGUGUCGCACAAAGUUAUAUAUCGAGGUGGUUUCACAAGAAUCAGAACUUAGUCAGUGCAUCACCAGUCCAUCGGAAGUCAGUUCAUUAAACUCACGCUGUAUGAUUGGUUGCAAACAGAAAACCUUCUAUAGAUCAACCUCCAUGUUUGUUUAUGUAGGCUGUGUACCUGUGCCCACCGAUUUUAAGUCAUGCAUAAAAGAUCUGUCAGUUCUAAGAAGGAAAACCAACUCUAUGGUUAAUAAAAUACAAGUCAACUCCAUCUCAAUUUGUCUGGUCAGUGUCUCAGACGUUCUUCAAGUUCGCCUUCAUGAUACUUACAUUGCGAAAUACCCGGCUAGCUGUUUGUAUGCAGCUGGUCUCGUUGAUUUCGAUGAAAAGUUCUUUUACGUUGUUACUCGCAGUAGGACCAAAGGUAAUAAUGCAAUGUGUGGUGGAAGAACUGCUUCUGUUAAGUCAAUGAACUGUCAUGUAUUCAGAACACUACCAGCAAAAUUUUUAUCGCAUUCGGGUCAUAUUACAAUAGCGAAAACGUUCGGCAUACACUGUUCGUAUGACCGCUUGACUGGUGAAUGCUGUAAUUUUCCUUCCAGCACAACUUGCACAUUGUCGUAUUUACACGCUAUGUUGGCGAACGCAGGAUUACGCAAUACUAUGGAUAUUGGGGAUCUCCAGAGCAUUUCGAGACGAAGUUCUGAAAUCUACCACACUCCACCUGAUAUUUCUUCAGCAGGAUUCCAGUUGAGACCAAACUCAAUGACUCUAAGUUUCCAAGAUCCAAGCCAUCAUGCUAAUCAAGCAAAUGUUUCUCAUUAUCAUUCUGGGAAUUUCUCAGUGGAUAAAUGUGUUUCGCCUAAAAGAUCUCGUUCUUCUCUUCCUGAACCAAUAAAUCCUAAUUUGAUCUCAAAGUUUUUAAAGGCCACUUCAUCAUUAAGCUCACGAAUUGUGGGUACGAAGAAUUCUCUUGAAACGAUAAAAUCGAAUUGUGAUGAACAAUCACCAAAAAUCAAUUGUUUCAGUUCUACUACAAUUGAAAGUGAAGAUAUCGAAAAUAUAGAGCCAUCAAAUCCAGCAUCAUGGGCGAAAGAUUUUGAUAAUCUUUUGAAUGACGCUGUUGGUUGUAAUGAAUUUAGGAAAUUUCUGAUAACGGAAUUCAGUGCUGAGAAUCUUGAUUUCUUGCUUUCAGUCCGUAGUUGGCGUCAUGCCUUCGAAGCCGAAAAUGUUAAAGAAAAGGCAAAUGAAAUAUUCAAUAAAUUCUUAGUUCCUGAUGCUCCUCAAGCUGUAAAUGUAGAUCAUGCAGCCAUAAAGUCUGCCUCAUCUUAUCUAUCACAUCCUCAUAUAGACAUGUUCUUGGAAGCCGAAAAUCAGGUAUAUAUAUUAAUGAAAACUGAUUCAUUCCCACGAUUCUUAAAUUCUUCAAAUUAUUCAUUCAUAUUAAAUAAUUUCAAUGCAAAUAAAUCUACUACUAGAAAGUCAACUGUACUGAAUCAUUCAAAAAUUUUCAAGAAUAAAUCAGAUAUUUCUUCUUCUAUAAUAAAUAAAAUGUCUUCAAAAAUUUUGACAACUAAUAAUCAAAUUGUCAAUGAUGAAAAUAAGUUGAUAUCAUCGAAAGUAGAAAUAAGUGAUAAUAAUAAUACACAUGCUGCUAUUGCUCAAUUAAAUAAAAAUAAAAGUUUAAUUGUACUUGAAAAUGAUGCUGAUGAUACUGUUACACCCGGUGCUAAAAUUCAGAGAAAUUUAAACAAGGAAUUUAAUGCUAAAAGUUUCAAGUCAAAUUUAAUAAGAUUAAAAAGGUGAUGAACAGUCCAUGUAUAGGUUUGAGUGAAUUAUCACAAGAAAAUGGAUUUCGUUGAUAUUAAGAGAUGAUGACAAUGGACAAUUUUUAUGACAAAUGAGAGCGCGUAUUUAUUCUACUGUACAUAAUAGGAAACUGCACAUACUUUGUUUUAUUGACAUGACCAAU